UGACAUCACCGCCAUCCAAGAAAUGCGAUGGAUGGGACAAGGUCUGAGACGAGUAGGUCCUUGUGGCAUUUACAGUGGCCAUAUAAAGGAGCCCGAAUUUGGUGUCGGAUUCGUAUUGGGAGAGAGACUCCGUCGCUGGGUACUAUCAUUCACUCCGGUGAAUGAGCGUCUAGCCACAAUCCGCAUUAACCCAUUCAGGACCAAUGUGACGUAGACGUCACGACAGCAUAGCCCUUCUUAAAAAAAUGGCUAAUACAAAUUUAAUUUAAAAUACAACAUAAUCUCUUCUUAAGUGGUAUGAUCAAGUUUGCGUCAGUUGCAGUUAAGUUUUGCUUGUGAAUAGAUGCUUUGGCGUUAGUUUGGUUUUGUGUAUAUAUCGAAAACAAGACAAAUGUCGAGAAGGCAAAGGCCAAAAAGUAAGUAUAUAUAUAUUUUUUACUUGCGUGCAACUAAAAAAUAAUAAUUUAUGUAGUAUUACUAAAAAAUAUGUGUGGACAAAUAGUGCGAAAUAAAAACUUACAAGUUAUGGUGUUUUACUAGUGUCUGAUUAAGUUUUAUAUUGCUGUGACGUAAGAGUUACGUUGGUCCAAAUAACCUGGUACAACAUAUAUUGAUUUGUUUAUAUUAUUAGAUACUUCGUAAAUACGGAUGAAAUGCUAGAUUACCUAGGGAGUUUACAGAGUGACGAUGAAGAUAUUAGGGCUAUUCAGAAUCUGGUGCAAAUGGUCUUGCACAUUUGCAAUUGCAAAUGAGCGAGCAUAUUUUUGCUUUUACACUAACAAAAUGUACAGCGAUGCACCUGCUACAUCCUUGCAAAGAAGCAACACUAAAACGCCAUUGUAUUAUUUGCAACACUGGUUUGCAAAUUAUCAGCUGUUGUCAAAAAUAAAAGCAAACAAAGAAAAGAGAUGGAGCAAAAAGGUUUAAACAAAAAAAGAAUUAAACGUGAAAAACCAAACAAAAAGUGGAGUGAAAAAGAAAUCCAGAGUAUACUGGAUUUCUUGCAGGAAGCUCCAGAAGUAGAGGCACCAACAGCUCAAAUUUUUUACAAAAAGCUCAUUGAGAGCACAAAAAUAGACGCAACGUGGGAUUUAAUACGGUGGAAAGUGCGGCACCUGAAGGCUUCAUACAAAAGAGCAAGCGAUUGGCGAAUGUCAACAGGAGAAUGCCUUCUUGAGUCUGAUGCCGGGGCGUCGAGUGUUGAAGGUAAGCGUAAUGAAUGCGACAAAAUUUUGUCUAAUGUUUAUAUUUCAGGCAAAGUGUUGCAGAUGUGCCCACACUUUAAUCAGCUUAAACAUAUUUUUGGGAAAAAAGCCAAAAGUGAAUUACCAUUUGAAGUGGUUGAUAGUGGCAGUACGUCCAUAAUGAACGAAAGCGCGGCCAGCCAAAUACUGGAAAUCUCUUUUUCUGAUGUCGGCGAAGAAAUUGCGUCUCCAAUUGACAUUGCCAAUAUUGAUAAUCUACCACCAGGCAAUGUAAGUGAAGUGAUUGUUCCUGAAAAAGCAAAAGAUUUCGCGGAAAAAAUUAAAAAACAUGUCCCAAAAUCAUCUGCUGCAAAUCUUGUUGCUUUUCAAGUCGAGCGUAGGCAAAUGUUUAAAAUGAAAAUGGAAUGGGAAAAAGAGAAACAUGAAAAAGAUCACGCCUUGAAUGAAAGAAGAUUGCAAGCAGAAAUUGAAAGAGGUAAAGCUGAAAUAAUAUUCAAGAACCGUGAAUUGGAUUAAAAGUCUUAGAAUUGGAAAAGGAUGAACGAUUGAAAAAACUUCAAAUUGAAAAGGAGGAACGCUUGCAAAGGUUCGAAAUUCAAAUGAAAUAUAAGUAUUCCCCUCACCAAUAAUUUUUCUGUACUUUAUUUAUCUCUAUUUAUUUAUAUUAAUUUAUUUAUCUCUGUACUUUAUUUAUCUUUGUAUUUUAAAAUAUGUAGUUCCAAUUACUGCUGAGAUAAAUACUUAUUUAAUACGGUUUUUGAUGUUUUACUAUCUUCUGUCAUUUAAAGCGUUAUCUGUUUCAUGUUUGGCUUAUACUAAAUGUAUGAAUAUAAGUAAUUAUAGUUAUUAUAUAUGUAAUUAAAAACUGAAAAAAGAAUUAAAAUACAUUUAAGAAAACAUUAAUGCGUAUAUGGCUUGUCUUUUAGUUUCUCCAACAUUGUUGGGUAUAUGCUCAUCAGGCUCAAUAGAAUCUUCGGUAGUAGUUGAUGGAUCUGAACCAUCGUCGAACGAAGUGGAACCAUUAUUAAUUAAAAUGUUGUGGAGAAUACAGCAGACAAGAAACCAAUCGCAGCAUAACUUAUGGUUUUUUUUGUUAGAUAAACGCAUCCUUAGCUGCUUAAGGCUUCCAAAUCUUUCUUUUAAAAGCCCAAAACAAUGUUCUACUCUAACACGGUAUUUACUGUGCCGUAAAUUAAAUGCAAUUCGGGCAUUUCUAUCCAACUGUCUUGCGUUGCUUCUGUAAGGGGUUAUUAACGUUGCAGAUAAAGGGUAUGCUGAGUCACCAGCAAUCCUUUGUUGUGAAGAAAAAUACUGAUCAUUUUGUUGAAAGAGUGAGCUAUUUCGAUAUAUACGAGCAUCAUGCCAGCUCCCAGGGGACCAACCACAACAUGUCGAAUUACUCGUUUAUAGUCACAAACUAUUUGUGCUUUUAUUGAAUAUAUGUGAUUUCUGGAGAAGUAUGAUGUAUGGUCUUCAAUUGGCGAUUCUGCUAAUUUAAUCUCGGUUCCAUCAAUAUAUCCAAUACAAAACGGUAACUCAUCAAAGGUAUCCGAUACUACUUUCGAUCGUUCAACCUCAUCGGGCCAAUAUAUAUACUUAGAUUGAUGACGCAAGAACACUCUAAAGAUUCUUUUUGUUAUUAUCGAUAUAGUUUCGCCAUCUCCCACUCCAAAAAUUGUUGCUAUUUUUAUAUGCUGCGCUUUCUCCCGACGAAUCCAAUCGAAACAGUGUGAUUGCUAAUUGCAAUUCGACAGAAAAUUGCUUACAUGAGUGCGCUUUGUUGAAUUCCUCAUCGUUUUUAUUAAAUCCACUAGCAUAUUAUAUUGGUCCCUAUCUACUCUUAACAUUUGGCGGAAUCGGUCUUCGUCCAGUGUUGUCAAAAUAUUAUUGCGCCAAAUGUCUGACUUAGGUAUUGUGGUGUAAACUCCUCGCCGACAUUCCAUAAUAACAGAUAUAUUGUCAGCCAAUUCAUCUAACACUGCAUCCACUGCGUCAUCAUCACUUUCGAUUUCUAGAAGAAAAUUGUUAUUAACUGAAAUUCUGCAUAAAAAUAUUUCUUACCUUCAAUGUCCAUAAUUUCUUCAGCAGCUUCAUCAAUUAAAGCGUCAGUUAAUUUUUCUUUAAAACUUUUUUUUCGGCAUAAUUUCCAAUUUGUGCGACAAUUUUGUUUACAAACAGUUGCAAGUGCCAUGUGAAUUAGUGUGUAUUACCAACGACGAUGACAUACCUGCAGACGAUGCACUGAACAACAUGGAUGACGAUA